AUGUCCGUCGUGUCGCUUCUUGGCGUCAAGGUGCUAAACAACCCCGCGGCGUUCUCCGAUCCAUAUGAGUUUGAAAUCACUUUUGAGUGCUUGGAGCAACUGCAAAAAGACCUUGAGUGGAAACUUACUUACGUCGGAUCCGCCACUUCAUCCGAACAUGACCAAGAAUUGGAUUCCCUACUCGUUGGCCCUAUUCCAGUCGGUGUGAACAAGUUUAUAUUCGAGGCCGAUCCACCAGACCUGAAGAGCAUUCCCCAGACCGAGAUUCUCGGUGUCACGGUGAUCCUCCUCACCUGCAGCUAUGACGGUCGAGAGUUCGUGCGAGUGGGCUACUAUGUGAACAACGAGUACGACUCGGAGGAACUUGCCGCAGAUCCCCCAUCCAAGCCUAUUAUUGAGCGCGUGCGUCGCAAUGUGCUGGCUGAAAAGCCUCGUGUGACUCGAUUCGCCAUCAAAUGGGACUCUGAAGAAUCUGCACCAGCUGAAUACCCGCCUGAGCAACCAGAAGCCGAUCAAUUGGAAGACGACGGGGCCACAUACGGUGCCGAAGAAGUCGAAUUAGAAAACGCCCUCCGCAAGGAACUCGAGGACGCUGAACGCCAAGGCGACGGUGAAGACCAUGAAAUGGAAGGUGCUGAACCUACUGGCGCUGUCCCAGAUGACGACGCUUCAGACGCCGGUAGCGAGGAUCUGGAAGCCGAGAGCAGCGGCAGUGAAGAGGAGGAUUUAGAUGAAGAGGAAGCCGGUGAUGGCGAUGAUGAUGUUGAGAUGGCCGAUGAUACCAAUACUGGUGCAGCCCGGCCGCCUCAUCGCCAACCCGAGGUGAUGGUUCAUUAA